AGUGUGUGCGUUGGCCGGGCUGGGGGGAGGAGGGGAAUCUCCCGCCAUUUUUCAAUAAUUUCCUCCGGUGCCGCUGAGGAGGAGUCGUGACUGCCGGCCGCCCGGACCCGCGGUGGAGGUCGGCGGGGAGCUGCUGGGAGGCGCGGCGGUGUGCGCGGGAGCUCUCCGCCGUGGGGUUCCGCUCCAUGGCUGUCGCGCGGCCGCGCCGGCGGUGAGGGAGCCGGAGUUCGCGCCGCCCUCUCACCCCUCCCCUCCCCCACCCCACCCCCGGGCGCCUGGCGCUCGCUCCGGGCCGCGGGGCCUAGUGCUGCGCCGCGGGGCCGGCCCCAGCUGCUGCCAGUCCCCACCGCCGCCGUCGCGAUGGCGCCGCUGCUGGGCCGCAAACCCUUCCCGCUGGUGAAGCAGCUGCCCGGAGAGGAGCCGCUCUUCACCAUCCCGCACACUCAGGAGGCCUUCCGCACCCGGGAAGAGUACGAAGCCCGCUUGGAAAGGUACAGUGAGCGCAUUUGGACGUGCAAGAGUACUGGAAGCAGUCAGCUAACACACAAGGAAGCCUGGGAGGAAGAACAGGAAGUUGCUGAGCUCUUGAAGGAGGAGUUUCCUGCCUGGUAUGAGAAGCUUGUUCUGGAAAUGGUUCACCAUAACACAGCCUCUUUAGAGAAGUUGGUAGAUACUGCUUGGUUGGAGAUCAUGACCAAAUAUGCUGUGGGAGAAGAGUGUGACUUCGAGGUUGGGAAGGAGAAAAUGCUCAAGGUGAAGAUUGUGAAGAUUCAUCCUUUGGAGAAAGUGGAUGAAGAGGCCACUGAGAAGAAAUCGGAUGGUGCUUGUGAUUCUCCAUCAAGUGACAAAGAGAAUUCCAGUCAGAUUGCUCAGGACCAUCAGAAGAAGGAGACAGCUGUGAAAGAGGAUGAAGGAAGGAGAGAAAGUAUUAAUGACAGAGCACGUAGAUCGCCACGAAAACUUCCUACUUCAUUAAAAAAAGGAGAAAGGAAAUGGGCUCCUCCAAAAUUUCUGCCUCACAAAUAUGAUGUGAAACUACAAAAUGAAGAUAAGAUCAUCAGUAAUGUGCCAGCAGACAGCUUGAUUCGUACAGAGCGCCCACCAAAUAAGGAGAUAGUUCGAUACUUUAUACGGCAUAAUGCAUUACGAGCUGGUACUGGUGAAAAUGCACCUUGGGUCGUAGAAGAUGAAUUGGUGAAGAAAUAUUCUCUGCCCAGCAAGUUCAGUGACUUUUUACUUGAUCCAUACAAGUAUAUGACUCUCAACCCUUCUACUAAGAGGAAGAAUACUGGAUCCCCAGACAGGAAGCCCUCAAAGAAAUCCAAGACAGACAACUCUUCUCUUAGUUCACCACUAAAUCCUAAGUUAUGGUGUCAUGUACACUUGAAGAAGUCAUUGAGUGGCUCGCCACUCAAAGUGAAGAACUCAAAGAAUUCCAAAUCUCCUGAAGAACAUCUAGAAGAAAUGAUGAAGAUGAUGUCUCCCAAUAAGCUGCACGCCAACUUUCACAUUCCUAAAAAAGGCCCACCUGCCAAGAAACCAGGAAAGCACAGUGACAAGCCUUUGAAGGCAAAGGGCAGAAGCAAAGGCAUCCUGAAUGGACAGAAAUCCACAGGGAAUUCCAAAUCUCCCAAAAAGGGACUGAAGACUCCUAAAACCAAAAUGAAGCAGAUGACUCUGUUGGAUAUGGCCAAAGGUACGCAGAAGAUGACGCGAACCCCACGGAAUUCUGGGGGUACACCUAGGUCCUCUAGUAAACCUCAUAAACAUCUGCCUCCUGCAGCCCUACACCUCAUUGCCUACUACAAAGAAAAUAAAGACAGGGAGGACAAGAGGAGCGCCCUGUCCUGUGUUAUCUCCAAAACAGCUCGUCUUCUCUCUAGUGAAGAUAGAGCUCGUCUCCCAGAAGAAUUGCGAAGUCUUGUUCAAAAACGCUAUGAACUUCUAGAGCACAAAAAGAGGUGGGCUUCUAUGUCUGAAGAGCAACGGAAAGAAUAUUUGAAAAAGAAACGGGAGGAACUGAAAAAGAAGUUGAAGGAAAAAGCCAAAGAACGAAGAGAGAAAGAAAUGCUUGAGAGAUUAGAAAAACAGAAGCGGUAUGAGGACCAAGAGUUAACUGGCAAAAACCUUCCAGCAUUCAGAUUGGUGGAUACCCCUGAAGGGCUGCCCAACACGCUGUUUGGGGAUGUGGCCAUGGUGGUGGAAUUCUUGAGCUGUUAUUCUGGGCUACUUUUACCAGAUGCUCAGUAUCCUAUUACUGCUGUGUCCCUUAUGGAAGCCUUAAGUGCAGAUAAGGGUGGCUUUUUAUACCUUAAUAGGGUGUUGGUCAUCCUCUUACAGACCCUACUACAAGAUGAGAUAGCAGAAGACUAUGGUGAAUUGGGAAUGAAGCUGUCGGAAAUCCCCUUGACUCUGCAUUCUGUUUCAGAGCUGGUGCGGCUCUGCUUGCGUAGAUGUGAUGUUCAGGAGGAAAGCGAGGGCUCAGACACAGAUGACAAUAAAGAUUCAGCUGCAUUUGAGGAUAAUGAGGUACAAGAUGAGUUCCUAGAAAAGCUGGAGACCUCUGAAUUCUUUGAGCUGACGUCAGAAGAGAAGUUACAGAUCUUGACAGCACUGUGCCACCGGAUCCUCAUGACAUACUCUGUGCAAGACCACAUGGAGACCAGGCAGCAGAUGUCUGCAGAGUUGUGGAAGGAGCGGCUUGCUGUGUUGAAGGAAGAAAAUGAUAAGAAGAGAGCAGAGAAACAGAAACGGAAAGAAAUGGAAGCCAAAAGUAAAGAAAAUGGAAAAGUGGAGAAUGGGUUAGGCAAAACUGAUAGGAAAAAAGAAAUUGUGAAGUUUGAGCCCCAAGUAGAUACAGAAGCUGAAGACAUGAUUAGUGCUGUGAAGAGCAGAAGGUUGCUUGCCAUUCAAGCUAAGAAGGAACGGGAAAUCCAGGAAAGAGAAAUGAAAGUAAAACUGGAACGCCAAGCUGAAGAAGAACGAAUACGGAAGCACAAAGCAGCUGCUGAGAAAGCUUUCCAGGAAGGGAUUGCCAAGGCCAAACUAGUCAUGCGCAGGACUCCUAUUGGCACAGAUCGAAACCAUAAUAGAUACUGGCUCUUCUCAGAUGAAGUUCCAGGAUUAUUCAUUGAAAAAGGCUGGGUACAUGAUAGCAUUGACUACCGAUUCAACCAUCACUGCAAAGACCACACAGUCUCUGCUGAUGAGGAUUACUGUCCCCGCAGUAAGAAAGCAAACUUAGGUAAAAAUGCAAACAUGAACACACAACAUGGACCAGCAACAGAAGUUGCUGUAGAGACAACCACACCUAAACAAGGACAGAACCUAUGGUUUUUAUGUGAUAGUCAAAAGGAGCUGGAUGAGUUGUUAAACUGUCUUCACCCUCAGGGAAUAAGGGAAAGUCAACUUAAAGAGAGACUAGAGAAGAGGUACCAGGACAUUAUUCAUUCUAUUCAUCUAGCUCGGAAACCAAAUUUGGGUCUAAAAUCCUGUGAUGGCAACCAGGAGCUUUUAAACUUUCUUCGUAGUGAUCUCAUUGAAGUUGCAACAAGGUUACAGAAAGGAGGACUUGGAUAUGUGGAAGAAACAUCAGAAUUUGAAGCCCGGGUCAUUUCAUUAGAGAAAUUGAAGGAUUUUGGCGAGUGUGUGAUUGCCCUUCAGGCCAGUGUCAUAAAGAAAUUUCUCCAAGGCUUCAUGGCUCCCAAGCAAAAGAGAAGAAAACUCCAAAGCGAAGAUUCAGCAAAAACUGAGGAAGUGGAUGAAGAGAAGAAAAUGGUAGAGGAAGCAAAGGUUGCAUCUGCACUGGAGAAAUGGAAGACAGCAAUCCGGGAAGCUCAGACUUUCUCCAGGAUGCACGUGCUGCUUGGAAUGCUUGAUGCCUGUAUCAAGUGGGAUAUGUCUGCAGAAAAUGCUAGGUGCAAAGUUUGUCGAAAGAAAGGUGAGGAUGACAAAUUGAUCUUGUGUGAUGAGUGUAAUAAAGCCUUCCACCUGUUUUGUCUGAGGCCGGCCCUCUAUGAAGUACCAGAUGGUGAGUGGCAGUGCCCAGCUUGCCAGCCUGCUACUGCCAGGCGCAACUCCCGUGGCAGGAACUAUACUGAAGAGUCUGCUUCUGAGGACAGUGAAGAUGAUGAGAGUGAUGAAGAGGAAGAGGAGGAAGAAGAGGAGGAGGAGGAAGAAGAUUAUGAGGUGGCUGGUUUGCGAUUGAGACCUCGAAAGACCAUCCGUGGCAAGCACAGCGUCAUCCCCCCUGCAGCAAGGUCCGGCCGGCGCCCGGGUAAGAAGCCACACUCUACCAGGAGGUCUCAGCCGAAGGCACCACCUGUGGAUGACACUGAGGUGGAUGAAUUGGUGCUUCAGACCAAGCGGAGCUCCCGGAGGCAAAGCCUGGAGCUGCAGAAGUGUGAAGAGAUCCUCCACAAGAUCGUGAAGUACCGCUUCAGCUGGCCCUUCAGGGAGCCUGUGACCAGAGAUGAGGCUGAGGACUACUAUGAUGUGAUCACACACCCCAUGGACUUUCAGACAGUGCAGAACAAAUGUUCCUGUGGGAGCUACCGCUCUGUGCAGGAGUUUCUUACUGACAUGAAGCAAGUGUUUACCAAUGCUGAGGUUUACAACUGCCGUGGCAGCCAUGUGCUAAGCUGCAUGGCGAAGACAGAACAGUGUCUAGUGGCUCUGUUGCAUAAACACCUUCCUGGCCACCCAUAUGUCCGCAGGAAGCGCAAGAAGUUUCCUGAUAGGCUUGCUGAAGAUGAAGGGGACAGUGAGCCAGAGCCCGUUGGACAGUCCAGGGGACGAAGACAGAAGAAGUAGAGAGGCAGGGCUGUGGUGACAGUAUCAGUGAGUGCCAUACAGAAUUCUGUAUUCACCAGCAUCAUGAAACAGUUGUGGUCUUUUGAGUUGAUCUUGGCAGAGUAAAGGGACGUGUCCUGGAGCCAUUCCUGAAUCUCUCUCCCCUUCUUUGUGACAGCUCCCCUCCCCCAAAAAAAUAAAAAUAAGAAACCACAAAAAACAAAACUAAGGCACUUCACUUAGAGACUGGAGUCCUGCUUAUAAUCAUGCAUAUAACCUUUACUUUGAUGGAUCUGGCCAGAGGGGUGUUGGAGCCCAGCCCACCCACAUACCAGACAAGCUCUUAGGGGAGCAGAAAAAAAGCAGGAAGAAUUUAAAUGUUUAAUUUUUUUUUAAAUUGACUUUUCUAGUUAUUAAAAGUUGCUUGUUUCAGCAGUGAUAUUGUAUAAAGAACAUCUUGUAAGAUACUCCUGACAUCUCGCUUUGGCACAUGUACAGUACAGUUUCUAUGAUAAUGUGUUUGCUCUAACUUCCCUGGCUUCUCCCUCAGCCCAUCCACUCUCCUGCAGAGCAGUUGGGUUGGAGGCUCAUUGAGGCAAGCAGCAACACUGGGGGAGGGGGCGGGAGCGGGGUGGGGCGGUGCUGCGUCUGCUGCCUCCCAUGCCCUUUCUGAUCUCAGACUUGGAACUCCUCAAGAACAUGAAGAUUCCAGUGGUCAGUGUCGGUGGAGGGUGGGAGGAGAGAGCGGCAGAGAAGCUCUGAGAGCCCCGUCCCACAACCAGUCUAGCUCUAGUUGUUAUAUUUAGGCAAAACUUUGUAGUCUUCUUUCCCUUUUAUGAUGGAUUUUGAUAAAAGUACAAAACAGGGUUUAAUUUUCUUUUUUAUCACCUUUGAAUUUGGAAAUUUUGAGCACCCAAGCUCUUCUGUACCUAUUUAAAUUGAAGUCCACCAAGGGGACUGCAGCUCCUAGAACAUGAGAAUCAAGCCUCUCAAUAUUAAACUGUGGAGUGUGACCCCUGCUUUCUCCGUCCUCCCCCCCAAGGACGACGGGGAUUGCUCCAGGGCUGCUGGGUAGUUUACCGUCCCUUCUCUAGGCAUGGAGUUGGCACUGACAUCACAGCUUCAUAACCCCACCACCGCCAGCUUCCCCUGCCUCCUACAUCCAGUCUGUUCUUGUUCAUAGUGAGAAUCCUGUGUUCCCACUUCAGUGACAACUGAAUUGUUUGUUGUUGUUGUUUUUUUAUUAUUGUCUUCAAGGAGGAAGGGCCCCAUUAUAGGGUGAACUUGUAAUAAAUUGGAAUUUCAAAUAAACCUCAUGUACUUGUGUUUAUAAAGAAGAAACCA